AUGGAUUGGGAAUGGCUGAGGGAUUUUGGAAAGGGUAUGAUCAAACCAUUGCUGGCACUCGCGGUUGUGAUAAUGGCCAUGGUUUUGUCCUACUUGCAGAAGUUGGGAUUAGAGGGGGAAAUGAUUUAUGCAAUUUUCAGAUCUUUUCUUCAGCUGUCGAUCAUUGGUUUUGUUCUUCAAUUCAUCUUCAAUCAGCACACUAGCAUCUGGAUCAUCGUCGCUUACUUUUUCAUGGUUUCAGUUGCCGGUUAUACUGCCGGGCAGCGGGCGAAACAUGUGCCGCGAGGAAAAUAUGUGGCAGGAGCAUCCAUCUUAACAGGAACUGCUGUGACUAUGGCUUUAUUGGUUGUUUUGAAUGUUUUCCCAUUCACCCCUAGGUACAUCAUCCCUGUUGCAGGAAUGAUGAUUGGCAAUGCCAUGACUGUUACCGGAGUUACAAUGAAAAGGCUCCGUGAUGACAUCAAGAUACAAAUCAACCUGGUUGAAACAGCAUUGGCGCUCGGGGCUACUCCCCGUCAGGCAACAAUGCAACAGGUGAAAAGGUCCCUGGUUAUUGCCCUUUCUCCUGUAUUGGACAACGCCAAGACCGUGGGCCUAAUAUCGCUUCCUGGUGCCAUGACUGGACUUAUAAUGGGGGGAGCUUCACCAUUGGAGGCAAUUCAGCUUCAAAUCAUAGUCAUGAACAUGCUUAUUGGAGCUACAACUGUCAGCAGUAUCAUGUCAACCUAUCUAAGUUGGCCAUCUUUCUUCACGAAAGCUUAUCAACUUCAGCCCAAAGUUUUCGUUGCAGAAUGA